AUGUCACAACCAAAAUCAGAAACAGAUUCAAGCUUCAAACCCCUCACAAAAGCAGAGCGCAUCCAACAGCUCAAUGAUAUCGACAAGAGCAUAACUACUCUCCUGCACUCCGCAGGCCUCGCCCUCAAGACCCUGACCGACUCCUCAUCCUCGCCCUCUUCCCGCCGCACCGCCUUCCAAUCCGCUUCGGAAAGCUACCUCAAGACGCUGCAAAAAGCCGACAUUUCCCUCAAGCGCCAGAUCUGGGGCUUAGAAGAAGCGGAUAUUAUCCCCGCGGAAAAGGCUAAAGGCAAGGAGGGGAAAGAAGGAAAGGAUAUGUUUGCGAUGGGGGGUGCGAGGGUGGGUGGUGAUGUGAAGGAAGGGAGGGUGGAAGAGGGGGGUAUGGGCAAGCUGGAUAUUGGGUGGUUGAAUAGUCGUGGGGGGCGGGUGGAGAGGGACAUGGAGGCGGAGCUGUGGGGAAGGGCGAGGAUAUUCUUAGAGGGGGAUGGUAAAGGGAAAGAAGGCGAUGAGGAGGGGGAUGUUGAGAUGGGGAGUUGA